AUGGUGAAAGGAGCAAGUCCCGAGUCAGUGGUGAUGGCACCUCCGCUAGAGUUCAGUACCACAUUCGACUUCACCAUCAAAGUGCAAAAGACGAUCGGCAUUCCGUGCUGUUUCGAACCGUACCUGGGCAGGCUGCGCGAAAAAUUAUCAACCAAUGCCACUUUCAUAAUGUCCUUCGUGAUGCUAUCCUACUGCGUUCUGGGACAGCUGAUUAAUGUGCUCUUGCUGCUGAUCGGACACCGUGAAACGGAAGAAGCCGUAGAGGAAAUCGCCAUCCAGAUCGUGUGCACCAUGUUCUGCAUUACUGGCCUGGUGAAAAUGUACGGACUGGCUCGCCACCGGAACCUCCUGGCGGCGAUCAUCCGUCAGUUGCAGACCAUGUGGGACGAAGAGAUACUGACGCCGGCAGACCGGCAACUGUGCGACAAGGUGCUCCGUCCAACGAUGGCCAUCACCGCUUUCGCCGCCAUCGGCAACAUUGUGAUGGCGUCCAUUUUUAACUUCCUACCGGUGGCGGAAAUGAUUUUCAGCAAGUGGCAAACGGACGACUGGAAGCGACUGCAACCGUACGUGAUUUGGUUUCCGUUCGACGCGACCGGUAGCUGGUGGUACUAUCUUGUGUACCUGUUCGAGGUGUACUCCGGUUACAUUGUGGCCGUAAGCAAUGUGGGAACCAACUGUAUCUUCUGUUUGCUGUGCGCUCAUCUGACCAUGCAAUUCCGGUUACUGAAUCGUGCUUUAGAAGUUAUGAUAAAACCGGAAGAAGACAACUAUGGAUGCGGACUCCGGAAUGUGAAACAAAAUUUGGGUAUAUUGGUAAAACGUCAUCAGAGUUUAUUGAGAGCAAAGGAAACGAUGGACACCGUCUUUAGUGUAACAUUUUUCUUGAACUUUGCUGCUAGUACUAUCCUAAUCUGUGUGCAGGCUUUCCUAAUGCUUAUUGCUGAUUUCUACGUCAUCACGAAAAUGGCCUUCUUCAUGGGAUGCUGCCUGGUGGAAAUAUUCUUUCUCUGCUACUACGGUGAUGAGGUGCAUCAAUUUAGCACCGAGCUGGCGCUGGCUGUCUACAACUGCCGCUGGUAUCACCAGUACGAGGCAGGUGGUGGUGAUUCACGGUUUGGCAGAAAUUUGAUCCCCAUCAUGCUGCGGGCCCAGCGACCGAUGAAGCUGAUGGCGUGGAAAUUUUGGCCCAUUACCAUCAACAGCUUCGGUUCGAUUCUGAAUGCAUCCUGGUCGUAUUUCACAUUGUUGCGAACCUUCGUCAAGUAAACAACGGGUUUGUAUAUUUGCAUAUUUUCAUUCUAAAGCUGUUAGAGUCAUCGUGGUCACUAACGAUUGACGACGGUUCG